AUGGCGGGUCCGUUUCUGACGACGGAGGACAUGAAGAUGUGCUUCUCGCUCUUCUGCGUUGUCUAUGGCAUUGGCACGCUCGGCAUGCCGGGCAACUACUCCCGCGCCGGCUACGUCUGGGCGACGAUUGCACUCGCGUUCAUGGCCUCCAUCAACAUUUACGCCUCGGUCUGCAUCUCCAAGGUCAUGAUGGUCGCGCCCAAGAAGGUCCAGACGCUCAGUGACAUUGGCGAGUGGGUCUUUGGCAAGCCCGGUCGCUGGGUCACC